UGGCCGUGCGACCCGCUCACCGCGCUUUCCGGCAGUGUGGCCGGAGCCGCAGCGGAGGGGCCCGCGGUUUGGCCGUGAGUGGAGGGAAGCUGAGUAGCAGGUGUUGGCUGGGCCUGGUACCAUGGAUGUGGGCGAACUUCUGAGCUACCAGCCCAACAGGGGCACAAAACGUCCCCGGGAUGAUGAAGAGGAAGAGCUGAAAAUGCGUCGGAGACAAGCUGGUCCCAGAGACCGUGGCCGCUAUCGGGAAGAGGAAAUGACGGUGGUAGAAGAAGCAGAUGAUGACAAAAAGAGACUGCUUCAGAUUAUUGACAGAGAGGGCGAGGAGGAAGAGGAAGAGGAGGAACCACUAGAUGAGAGCUCAGUGAAGAAAAUGAUCCUUACAUUUGAAAAAAGAUCAUACAAAAACCAAGAGUUGCGGAUCAAGUUUCCAGACAAUCCAGAAAAGUUUAUGGAGUCUGAGCUGGACCUGAAUGACAUCAUUCAGGAGAUGCACGUGGUGGCCACCAUGCCAGACCUGUACCACCUUCUAGUGGAGCUGAAUGCUGUGCAGUCUCUUCUUGGCUUACUUGGACAUGAUAAUACGGAUGUGUCCAUAGCUGUGGUUGAUUUGCUUCAGGAAUUAACAGAUAUAGACACCCUUCAUGAGAGUGAAGAGGGAGCGGAAGUACUCAUCGAUGCUCUGGUGGAUGGGCAAGUGGUGGCCCUGCUUGUGCAGAAUCUGGAGCGCCUGGAUGAGUCUGUGAAAGAAGAGGCGGAUGGUGUCCAUAAUACUCUAGCUAUUGUGGAAAACAUGGCAGAGUUCCGACCUGAGAUGUGUACUGAGGCUGCCCAGCAGGGUCUUCUGCAGUGGCUAUUGAAGAGGCUGAAGGCAAAGAUGCCUUUCGAUGCCAACAAACUGUAUUGUAGUGAAGUGCUGGCCAUACUGCUCCAGGACAAUGAUGAAAACAGGGAAUUGCUUGGGGAGCUGGAUGGAAUCGAUGUGCUUCUUCAGCAGUUAUCCGUGUUUAAAAGACACAAUCCUAGCACUGCUGAGGAGCAGGAGAUGAUGGAGAAUCUGUUUGAUUCACUCUGUUCCUGCCUAAUGCUCAGUUCCAAUCGUGAGCGCUUCCUGAAGGGCGAGGGUCUGCAGCUGAUGAAUCUCAUGCUCAGAGAAAAGAAGAUCUCCCGGAGCAGUGCCCUGAAAGUGCUGGACCAUGCCAUGAUUGGACCCGAAGGCACAGACAAUUGCCAUAAGUUUGUUGAUAUUCUUGGCUUACGAACCAUCUUUCCCCUGUUCAUGAAAUCUCCCAGGAAGAUCAAGAAAGUGGGAACCACUGAGAAGGAACAUGAAGAGCAUGUCUGUUCGAUCCUGGCCUCCCUCCUGCGGAACCUGAGAGGGCAGCAGCGAACCCGGCUUCUGAAUAAAUUCACUGAAAAUGACAGUGAGAAGGUUGACAGACUGAUGGAGUUGCAUUUUAAGUAUCUGGACGCAAUGCAGGUGGCGGACAAGAAGAUUGAAGGGGAAAAACAUGACAUGGUCCGGCGUGGGGAGAUCAUAGACAAUGACACGGAGGACGAGUUCUAUCUCCGGCGCUUGGACGCAGGGCUCUUUGUCCUUCAGCACAUCUGCUACAUCAUGGCGGAGAUCUGCAAUGCCAAUGUGCCCCAGAUUCGCCAGAGGGUUCACCAGAUCCUCAACAUGCGAGGGAGCUCCAUCAAAAUCGUCAGGCACAUCAUCAAGGUGGUUCUCAGACUGCAUCACUGUUACCUGGAGGGCUUGUUCACACAGACCACUGGGCCUCUAAGUUCUGAGUGGGGCCUCCACAGCUGCAUUUCUAACAAGUCCCUGUGCGCUAUGGCUACUGCUGCUGCUCUUCCGGGCCCACACUCUGACAAACAAGCUGGAACAAAGGUACCCAGGGCAGGUACCCACUUCUCGCAUGCUGAGUGACUAUAUGAGUGAGUGAGCGAGCGAGCAAGCAAGCAGUGUGGCUGGGGAGGACUCUGGGUGAGGAGAGAUGAGCUGGGCCCUGUUCACUGAGCACCUCGAAUACAAGACCAAGGAGUUUGGCCACAGCUACCCUGUUGGAGCCAUUGGAGGUAUUAGAACAGCAUGUGUCAUAGAGGGAGCUGGGAUUUAGGGAAAGGCACGAAGGGACCCAGCUCCAACAGAGUGCG